GGCGAGACGAUGAGGUGACUGCAUCAAAACAUACGAGGACAAGGUUCCUUCUUUAUCGUUAUCCCAAAAAAAAUGACGGCCAAACCUGUCACAGCCACGUGUCAAUCCGAUCUCCUUGGAUUGGCUUGUUCGUUCGAUUUAUCACCGGUCACGUCUUUAUCUAAUCAUCUUCCUCGAAACCUGCAACACACAAAAUAGAUUGCAGAUUCAAUCUCUUAAAAUAUUUUAUAUAGAAAGGUAUUUCGUGGCUUGGAAAGAGAGAGAGAGAGAGGAUCAAAGAUGGAUCACGAAGCAGAUGCAUACCGUACGGAUUUGAUGACCAUCACGAGAUUCGUGCUGAAUGAGCAAUCAAAGUACCCAGAGUCUCGUGGGGAUUUCACCAUUCUGCUCAGCAACAUCGUUUUGGGAUGCAAAUUCGUCUGCAGUGCUGUCAACAAGGCUGGUUUGGCCAAGCUUAUUGGACUUGCUGGGGAAACAAAUAUCCAGGGUGAAGAGCAAAAGAAACUUGAUGUGCUCUCUAACGAUGUCUUUGUCAAAGCUUUAGUUAGCAGUGGCAGAACUUCUGUUCUUGUCUCAGAAGAAGAUGAGGAAGCUACUUUCGUGGAGUCAUCCAAGCGUGGAAAGUACUGUGUUGUUUUUGAUCCACUUGAUGGAUCCUCAAACAUCGACUGUGGUGUCUCCAUUGGAACUAUCUUUGGGAUUUACACAAUGACCCACAAUGAUGACCCAACUACUGAAGAUGUAUUGAAACCUGGGAAUGAAAUGGUUGCAGCGGGUUACUGUAUGUACGGAAGCUCCUGCAUGCUUGUGUUGAGCACUGGAACCGGUGUCAAUGGAUUUACCCUGGACCCAUCUCUAGGAGAGUUCAUAUUAACUCACCCGGACAUUAAGAUUCCCAAAAAAGGAAACAUCUAUUCAGUGAAUGAAGGCAAUGCUCAGAACUGGGAUGGUCCAACCACAAAGUAUGUAGAGAAAUGCAAGUUUCCUAAAGAUGGUUCUCCCGCAAAGUCUCUGAGAUAUGUGGGAAGUAUGGUUGCCGAUGUUCAUCGCACACUGCUUUAUGGAGGAAUCUUCUUGUACCCAGCUGACAAGAAAAGCCCCAAUGGGAAACUACGUGUUCUGUAUGAAGUCUUCCCGAUGUCGUUCUUGAUGGAGCAAGCCGGAGGUCAGGCCUUCACUGGCAAGAAAAGGGCGCUAGACCUUGUGCCGGAGAAGAUCCAUGAGCGUUCUCCAAUAUUUCUUGGUAGCUACGAUGAUGUAGAGGAGAUUAAGGCUCUGUAUGCUGCAGAGGGAUAGAAGAACUAAGAUUCUCAUUCUUCUUAUUUCAUCACUUAUCUCUCUUAUAUCUAUAUCUUCUAUUGAGACGAACAAAUGACUCAUUUAUACAAGGGAGACUUUUUCUCAGUUUUUCAACGCACCUAAGACAUAUUUUUUUCAUUUUCUAUCCUAAUCUUUUUCCAGCUUGCAACACUUAUUGCUGGAUCAGUCCAAACCUAUUCUUAUGACUUCUUCAGGAUGUGGAUUAAACUUGUAAGCUAACCUUUAUUCCAUGAAGUAUUUGUUGGAGAUAAGGUUCAAUAGCUUGGAGCCUGAGUUUUUGGUAAAGAGAUGAUUUAGGAAAUAAGGAAAUAAUGUUUAGUGCAAUUCUUAGAGAAUUCGGAAGUUAUAUCGGGGAUGAGUUGUGUCAAAGAUAUUGAAAAUCAAGUAUU